AUGCCUCCAAUCAUCAAGUUCUGGCUCUGCACCCUCAAGAACGACGAAUCGAUUCAAUCGCCCGAGUUUCGUCGGCUACUUGCGGACGUUCUCACCCAAAACGCAUCCUUUACAAACCCGUGGCCCAGAUCGCCCCCAAUGCACGCGAUGUACCAAGAUACCCGCAAUCCCUCGCGUCUCCUGAUGAUCACCGGGUACCCAUCACAAGAACUCAACAACGAAGCCGAUAAGCUCUAUGCCCAGAAUUAUCUCGCGAGAAUGCUCGAACACGUACAGCAUGUGUGGCUUCGGCAGCUUGAACUUGAUAUCUCAAAGGUUCCUCUGGAAGACUAUGUCCUGGUUACUGUUGGACAGGACCCGGCGGUCUGGGUCGGCGAAUCUGGGGUUGGUGGGUGGGAUGUGUGGCCGCAGACACAACAGGGCCAGAAUUUACCUGAACUGCAGAAGCAGGACAAUGGUGUCUGGGUUCAUGUCUCGGAUUGGAAUGGGCUGAAUAGUGUCGCGGCUGAUACGUCGCGGCUGGAGAAGUUAUAUCUGAAGAAGAUUGACAGUCGAUGA